AUGGCCACGGUGGGAGGUGAUGCCAGCGGGAGCAGCAGCGCUGCUGCGAGUGCGGUCGGGGCGGACGAGGGGGUGGGGGAGAUUCUCGCGUUCUGGUUUGGAGACUUCAUGCGGCCGGGAUAUGAUGGCCCAGCCCCUGCACCGUCAGACGAACUCGCUAAGGCGCGUGUGUGGUUCAGCAAGAAUGACGACGUGGACGCUUUCAUUCGCACGCGAUUCACUCCGCUUAUCCCGCUCGCCGCAUCAGGCCAGCUGGCGGGCUGGGAGGACACGCCACAUGGCGCCCUCGCAUUGCUGGUGCUGCUUGAUCAGUUCACGAGGAACAGUUUCAGGGGCUCGCCAGAGGCUUUUGCACAGGACCACCUUGCUUUGGAGGUUGCUAAGCGGGCCAUUGACAAGGGUUUUGACCGGCAGGUGCCCAGGGUUGGUCGGCCUUUCUUCUACCUGCCGUUUGAGCACGCGGAAGGUACGGCUUUUCUCUGUUCAUGUGUCAGCUCAUUCCUCUUUGCAUGUUAG